UCGAGCGUAGUCGCAAUUGGUCAGGACGCGUGUUGUUAAUGUUGACUAGUGAAGUUUUACAAGAUUAUUACUGAUCACAUUUAGCAUUUAACUGGAAAUAUUUUCCGCCACAAUGGACUAUAACAAAAUGAAAGUGAACGACCUGAAGGCGGAAUUAGCCACCCGUAGCCUCGAUACAAAAGGUGUGAAAGCGGUUCUCGUGGAGCGUCUCAAAGAAGCCAUCGAGAAAGAAAAUAGUGUAAUUACAACCGAUCCUACUACAGCCGUUGCAGCAGUAAAAAAGUUGGAUGCAGGUACACCCGGGCAAUCUACUCCUGUUCGUCGAAGUCGUCGCCGUUCUAUGACUAGAUCGCCGUCUCCCAGCAAAACUGAAGUAUCGCAACUGAAAAGCGUUAGCGAAGAAGAAGAACAAGUCGAAUCAGCUGAUUUAUCCAGUGCUCGUAAAAAACGAAGAACAAGAUCAAUCACAAAAUCACCAACUCCCGCCAGAACAACUGAAGUUACGCGUUUAGAAGUGUUGGAAGAAGAACUCGAUGUUGAUGCUGAGAAAGCUUUGGAUCCUGUAACACCGAAUAAACAGACAGAAGGGGAUGUAUAUCAAAAGACCGCGAAAACAUCAGAAGCUAUGGUAACAAAACAAGACGUCAGUUCAGUGAUCAUUCAUACGAAUGAAACUAAAACACCAAAGCAAACAGAUUCGCCUCAAAAGGAGGAAAAGCCAGUCACGUCAGUAAAGCUUACCGAAGCUUUGCAAGCUAGUGAAGCUACGCCUAUGAAAUUCACUUCCGAGGGACAGUCUGAUUUAAUAAAGAGUUCCCAGACAUCUGAAACCGAAUAUGCCGAAGUAGCAAAGGAAUCUGAAUCAAAAGAUCAAGAAACUAACAAUGACGAACAGCAAACAUCAGACAACCAGCAUGAGGAAUCGUCUAAAUCAGAGAAACACAGCUCUUCGUCGUCAGCCAAGAACCCAUCCAGCAAAACUCCUCGAACAAAACCAGCACAAACUACAAUUGAGUUUGUAGCCGAGGAAAAUGAACCUACAAUUGAUAAUAGCAAAGUUUUGCUCAGUUGGUUUGAUUCGGACCUGAAUUUGGAGAUAGAUCCAAAAACAUUCGAUGUAGCUAAGCCAUUUUCUGAAGGUGCUUUGUCUUUGCUAUGGGCAGCAGCGCGUGCUAAUUUGGGUGCGACGAUGGGAAAAAUAGCUUUCGAAGUUAUCUUGACCAAGACUAAUGAGUUACGUAAGGUAACUGAAGAACCUGUUACCUCUGAAUUCCGGGUUGGAUGGUCAGUGGCAGACGCGAAUCUGCAACUAGGUGAAGCUAAGCAUUCAUUUGCGUAUGCCAGUACUGGUUCGAAAGGAACAGACAGCACGUUCACAGACUACGGCUCAGAAUAUAAAAUAAAUGAUGUACUAGGGGUAUACCUUGACCUAGAUUCCAGUCCAUGCAAGAUUGAGUAUACGGUCAACAAUGUCAAACAAGGAACCGCAUUCGAGUUCCAAAAAGUUGAACUGGAAGGAAAGGCACUGUAUCCGCAUGUCUGCAGCCGAAACAUUGCAUACAAAGUCAAUUUUGGUCAGCUUGAGCGAAGUCUGCUGAACGAUAGACAGAAACCUAAGAAAUUUAAAAAAGAAGACAAACAUUCAGAAAAAUCUGCUGAAUCAUCGAUGACAAAUAAGGUGUGUGCGGAUGCAGACACCUCAGAACAAAUGGAUAAACCAGCAGCGAUGCAAGAUACGGACAAACCAGUUGAAGAACAAAAGGUGAACGAAAAGCAGGACGAGCAGGAAGUGAAACAUGAAACCGAGGUAUCUAUCAAUCCGGGAUAUAUCUACAUAGCACAAUCUCCGAUUGAAAAGCUGGUGCUUGGUCCAUGUCGACCCGAGAGUCGUAAUGAAUGUGAGCUCAUAUUCCUUAUAGGGUUGCCAGCCAGUGGUAAAACCCAUUGGGUACAGAAUUACGCUAGAGAGAAUACGCAUAAGAAAAUAACCAUCUUGAGCGUCGAAACGUUGCUGGAUCAAAUGAGACUUUCGGGUGAACCCAGGAAACCAGCAAAUACAAAGAAGUGGUCGAGACUCGUGGACCAACUUUCAAAAAGUUUGAACAAGCUGACCGAAAUUGCUGCAAAACGAAGAAAGAACUUUAUUUUCGAUCAGACCAACGUAUUUCCGACUGAACAGAAGCGUAAACUACGGGGCUUUGGUGAAUACGCAGCCAGGAGGGCAGUUAUUGUAGUUCCCGACGAAGAGGAGCACAAACGCCGGAUCAAACAGAAAUAUGAUGCUUUUGGUGCGGAAGUUCCAGAACAACAUCUUAACGUAAUGAAAGCACACUUCCAUAUUCCCUCCAAGGAAUUGAACUGGUUUACCGAAAUUACAUACGCUGAAUUGGAUGAGGAAAAAGCAAUUAAGAGGGUAAAAGAAUUGAAUGCGGCUGGUCAAAAAGCGUUGCCUCGAGGAUUGAAUAAGAACCAACAACAACGGCGUGGUACGAACAACAACCAGGGAUGGAAUCAAGGCAACAAACGUUAUAGUGGUGUUCAACAGUAUAAUCAAGGAGGAUACAAUCCUCAGCAGCAGCGUUAUAACAGCACACAGCAAUAUUCUCAGAACAGACAUUAUCGACCAGAUGGGGGAUAUGGGCGGCGAGACUCUGGAGGCUACACUGUUGGCCGCUACGGUAGCAAUAAUGAUUGGACUCGCGGACGUUAUGAAAAUCGUUAUAACAACCGAGGUAGCCGAAAUAGUCAAGCACAACGAUACGGUGGGAAUUACAGUGGAUAUAACAGUGGAUCAGGAUGGAACCAACCAAAUUCAAAUUGUUGGAGCUACGGUGGUAAUCAAGGAAAUGAUACGCAGCAAUGGUAUUCGUGGUGGCAGUCAAAUCUCAAAAACUUAUUGCAGCAGCAAGGUGGCGUUAGUGGAGGCAACAACAAUUCACAGCAAGCAAACAUGGAACAGUACUGGUCCCAAUACACACAACAACGCAACUAUGGAAACUAUCAGCAGUCAAAGUCCCAGGGAUCGGGAUCGUCCAAGAAUAAGUAAAUGAAUUACUUACCCUUAGUGCUAAAGCGAUUUUUUAUUAACUUUCUCACCCACACACUCACACCAAACCUACUUUUUCAAAAUACAAUAAUGCUCUACCAUUAAAACCAUUAAAACGAUUCCGUUCUGUACGCAGUAUAAGCUUUUAAGUAAUAAACCGUACAAGCACAAUGUAUUGAACAGUGUCUCAUUAUGUACACUUAGAUGUUUGUUACUGGUAACAUUUGAAUAAACAUACAAAUUUCCAUCAUUUGACACUGUUCAAAACAUGCACGGUAAUUCAAUUGUAAUUGUAAAAAAAAACUAAAAAUUUUGCCGAUUCAGAGAAUACAAUAGAAGUCUCUGAAUACCCAAAUGUUUGUAAACAAUUAAUAACUCUAUGGGCCAAUUUCUUCACCUCCGCUUGAACCUUAUCCAUAUGGGUGAACCUGAUUUAAGAGAUAAGCGCAGGUGACGAAAUCGGUCCUUAGUACAAGUGCAAGUGUGCGCAAGUUUCUUGCACCUAUACUUAGAUCGGCUCAUGUUGUGUUUGCACCAAUGGGCAUUCAGAGACUUCUAUAUGUAUUCGCAUUAUGCGUUGAUCUUUUAUUUUGCAUCCGCGACUGACAACUUUUUUCUUUCCGAAUAGGCAGAAGAAUUGAAUAGGGAAAUAAGUACAAUUUACCCGUAUUUUAUAUUUUUACAGUAAACGAGAGAAAGUUUUUGAGUAUAGAUUUAACUCUAAAGACAAAAUUCAAAAUUAUAUGUAUACCUACCUAUUAUAUAUUCUGUAGCAUAGACUUUUAAGUUCUUAUUUUGUUCGAUGCAUCCUUAGUAAUGGUAAAGUAUUUUAUUAAUAUAAAUUAAAUAAUAAUACAUAUUAGAAAUCUGUUAAAUAAAGUAAGUUGCUAUGGACUUUUUUCUCCAUAUUGUACUGACUGUAUAAGUGAAAUUAUAUUUUAUGAUCCUCAUACCGUUUAUUAUAUCCAAUGAAUUAAUCAUGGUUUGUAAAUUGUGUUCUUACUUAUUUUUAACAAUAUUGUGUUAAUUGUAUGACAGUAGUGCUACGCAUUUAAGAAGCAUAG